AUGGUCUGUAUUGAGCGGAACAUGAGCUAUGCAUGUUUCCGCUUCGUAGUGGGACGGUCAAAUCCAACAACAAAAGAAGAAAAUUCAAUAAUUUCUAUAUUAAUAGCACAAACAACGACGCAGGAUGCCGAUCAGAAUGUUGUUGAUAACAUGCAUGAAACAUCUUAUUCGUCUUUUGAACCAUUGAGUCGAUUUAAAAAUCACAUUAUACCAAAAUUAAAUUUGAAAGAUACAAUUUGGAUACUGAAUGAUGAUAAGCAACAGUUUUUCAUUACAUGUUUCGUUGAACUUGGUCAACAAUUCGGCAUUAUACUGGAAGAAUUGCGUAGAGCAGAAAUCGGUAUUAGAAACGGGUCAAGAGUGUCUAUCUUACCAUUAUCAAAUAUAUCGGGCAUACAAAGUACUAAUGAAAACGUUAGCCUUAUGGAAUCCGAUGAUAGCAGUAAAGUCGUUAAAGAUACUAUUACUACGAAAGAACAAAUUGAACAAAAUAAUUUUUUAUUAUUUACCAUGUUAACCAGUUUUAUUGCUCUUCUUGGAUUAUCAGAAAAUAACAGCGUUAGUUUAGCUGCAAGUAUAUUAGGUUCACCAUUAAUGGGACCGAUACUCGGUAUUGUAUUCGGACUAGUUGUCCAUGAUCGCUCACUAUCGUGCGUUGAUCUACGAACAGAACUCAUUGGAUUAUUUGUCUAUGUUUUAACUAGAUUAUGUACAACAUUUGCUGAAUCACGAUGA